AGCCCAUAUUAUUAACAAAAUCAAAUGUCAUUCCCUACGUAAAUCUAAAUAAUAUAUCAACCACGUUUUUCAACGUUUUUUAACGCGGGGAUUUGUGUUCAGAUAAUCACAGUACAUACGGAUUAAUUCCCUAUAUGCUUUCUUGAUGAAAAUAUUGAUGAAAAUGAUGCUUGGCCUUGGAGAAUAAAUUUAUACGGUGGCUGCUUUUUGCAUAAUUUCGCAACAUAUUUUGUGUUGUUUUGUGCAAAGGUCACGACUCGAUAUUCAUAUGAUACAAGUUGACAAUGGGCGACAAAGGCCGUUCUUCGUUACGGAAAAGCACGUCAAAUUCUCAACGGACUCCGAAGUAUUUUUAUCAAUUUCGUUUUAUAAUAAUCGGUGAUUCCACAGUGGGGAAAUCGUCGCUGAUUCGGCAAUUCACAGAGGGCAAUUUUGUCGAUACAACUCCAGCCGACCCGACGGUAGGGGUCGAUUUUCAUGUUCGUGUUGUUGAGGUUUCGGGUGAGUAUAUAUAUCCUAGUUGUAGAAUUUUAUAGGAAUACUUUUGUGUGUUUACAAUAGGAAAAACAUUCAUUUUCACCUGCCUCGAAGAGACAGACGCUUCCAAUAUUGCGUGUUGUACUGUUGCGUCUAAUUUUCUUUGUUUUGACCGUAUUUCCGGCCUUAAAAAAUUACAUAUGUACUUAUGAAAAUCAGCCAAGCGUAUAUGUAAAGUUGUCUUUGUGAUAAGAUAAUCAUCCUCAAUUAGGUCUUCAUUAUUGUGCUGUAAAUACAUAGAUACGGCGAUAUUUUUAUUGACAAAAUUGUUUGCGUUUUUAUUGAAGUGUAUAUUGUAUUUCGUAAUUUGAUAAAUUUGUACAUUUAAAAUUUCAGACCACUGAUAACCGUAGUUUCAUUGAAAGUGAAGAUACACUAAAAAAUACCAAAACCAUCAUAUUUGGAAGGUAUUUUGGACAGGUUUAAUAUCAAGAAUUUAGUAAAGUAUUUCUGGUAUUGAUAACAUAUGCGUUUCCUAUGCUACACGCAAAACUUGAUCCUUUACAAAGGUCAUCAGUGAAUAUUGCCGCCGUAGUGCAUGUUUCUAAUAUUAAUACGUGUACUAUUAUAAUAAGGAUACAUAUGAGUGUAAUAAGAGGUGGCCAACAUAAUGUUUACAUAACAAUAAUGGGUGUUUGUUUACAUGUCAACAAAUUAGCAAUAGAGUUAAUUUGAAUGCUAAAAUUUUUCCAAUAUGGUUAAUAUUGUGAAACCUAUCCUAAUAUGUUAAUACCAGCACUUUAAGCAUUUAAGUGGUUAAAGUGGCCGGCUUAUCACCUGGUUGAAUAAUUAAAAUCCUUCCCUGCUGAUUCUUGUAAAGGAAAUAAGGGGGACAGGACCGGUGGGGAGGGGGCAGUUGUCCAUGCUUACUAUAAUAAAGCACUCAACAUAUACUUUGUAUCUGCAGAGGAUGCAAAGGUAAAGAUCCAAGUGUGGGACACGGCUGGACAAGAACGCUUUAGAUCCAUCACAUACUCCUACUACCGUGAUGCAGUUGCCUGCCUUAUUAUUUAUGACGUAACCAAUAAAGACUCAUUUUAUAACAUUGCCGAAUGGUAUAAGGAGGCGAGGGAGAAUGUUAACGAGGAGGAAUGUGUAUUUAUGUUAGUAGGACAUAAAAUUGACAAGGAAUCAGAGCGAGAAGUUUCCACAGACGAAGGGGAACGUUUUGCAGAAGCACACGAUAUGCUUUUUAUAGAAACUUCAGCAAAAAUCCUUUGUAAUGUUGAGGAAGCUUUUCAUAUUGUAGCAAAUGAAGUGUAUAAACGAUUACAAAGAGGACAGUUGGAAAUGAAACCUGAUUGGGAAGGAAUUAAAACAGUAUCUACUCGGCCAGCAGAACUUGUAGGGUUUGACAGAAUACCUUCUGUUGAUAUGCUUGACGAACCUCCUUCGACAAAAAAAUGCUGUUGAUGUGUCAAAAUGAGGUGGUUGCAGGGUUUGAAUUAGUGCCAACUUUUUGCCUUGGAUCAGGGCAAGCAGGCUUGGUCUAUGGUUAACCAUUUGCCUUGCAACUUAAGCAACAUACCAGUCGUGUUAUUGGCAGCCUUAUUGUGAUCAUUCACACCUUAAUUGUGAGAGUACAUGUGUAUGUACUUACCUACACUCAAUUGUACAUAAUUAUAAAAAUGAUGCUAAAAGUAUGACUAUAAAAUUAAAUAGUUUUAAAUUUGUAAAUCAGAUCGUUGAAAUACAAUUUGAUUUUUAAUUAUUCAAUUAGAAUAAAAUGCAGUACAAAAACAAGGAAUAGUAUAAAUUUUCUCUUGGAUUUAUUCCAAACUAAAACACAUUUCAAUAUUUCUUUAGCAAUAACUCGGAUUUUUACAAUGAAAUAGCAGCAUCUGCUGGAACUACCCCAAGUGCUUUGAGUGCAGCAAAUGCAGCUUCAGCUUUUGCCAAUUUCUUAUUAUUGCUUGCAAUAUUAUGUUGGUAGCUGUUUCCAUUUACAAUCACCUGAUAAAGGAAAUCUUUCUUGUGAGAAGGACCACUUUCAUGAGCAACAAUGUACUCUGGGGUCUUCCAUCGUCUCUUAGUGCAUAUCUCAGCCAAUGCUGAUACCGGAUGCUUGCCUAAAAUUAUUGGAAUUGAAUUAGUACAUU